AUGGAGACGAGCUCCCAAAAUGCAGGUCCCAUGGCUCAAGGCCCAUCGCGGACAUCUGCUGCAUCGCCGCUAUCGCUUUCGUACGACUGGGCCGACAACCAAAACGGUGCCCAUCUGAGCUACACUUCCUCCACGCAGCCACUAACACAAGCCCGCACUGAGCAGUCCAACAACACUACGGAUCGUACAUCAUCCAGCCUCACCCGCUCACGUUCCAUCAUUGGUCUUCACCCGGAUGCUCCUAUCGAUGAAGAACAUGACCACGGGCCAGCCUCGGAGCUUCUGUGGUCACGUAUCCGCGCCGUACUACGAGAGCCGUUUGCCGAGUUCUGGGGAGUGGUGAUCAUGGUGAUGUUCGGAGAUGGCUCAGUAGCCCAAGUUCUCCUCUCGACAGGGCAAGAAACAGCACCUGGCGGGAAUGGCUUCGGUUCGUACCAAUCGAUCAACUGGGGCUGGGGCCUCGGCGUCAUGCUAGGCAUAUACGUUGCGGGCGACUCGGGCGCCUACCUCAACCCGUCCAUUACGUUCUGCAACUGUCUGUUCCGGCAGCUCCCCUGGCGGCGAUUCCCUGUGUACUUGACUGCGCAAAUCCUCGGCGGCUUCGUCGGCUCAGGCAUCGUGUACGCAAACUACAUCUCUGCGAUCGACUACUUCGAGGGCCACAACCUGCGCACCGUGCCGCCAGCGCCCAACGCAACCGCGGCCAUCUUCUGCACGUACCCACAGAGCUUUGUGACCAAGACGAGCCAGUUCUUCAGCGAGUUCAUCGCGAGCACACUACUCAUGUUCGUCAUCUUCGCACUCAAAGAUCCAAGCAACAACGGCGUCCCCAAAAGCGACAAAUGGUUCCCACUCUGCCUCUUCUUCCUCAUCUUCGGGCUGGGCUCCUGUUUCGGCUGGGAGACGGGCUACGCAAUCAACAUAGCGCGCGACUUCGGUCCGCGGCUCAUGUCCUACGCCAUCGGCUACGGCCCGCAGGUGUGGUCAGCGGGAGGGUACUACUUCUGGAUUCCCAUGGUUGCGCCGUUCCUGGGCUGCGCGUUUGGUGCGUUCUUGUACGACUUGUUCAUCUACACGGGGCCGAGUCCUGUUAAUACGCCGUGGCUGGGCUUGAAGCAGGUCUUCUUGCCGACGUAUGCGUUAAGGGCCAGGAGGGAGCAUGCGAGGAGGGAGAAGGAGGAGGGUAUUGUUUGA